CCCGGCCGCUGUCCCCCCGGUGCGGGCGCUCCGACCCUUUCCCCGGAGGAACCACUUCCUCGGAGCCUUCCAUCCGGCCGCCGUUAACUCCUUCGCGGACAGCGGCGGGCUGUCCCUGAGUGACGCGCUGUCCUGUGCGUGUUGUGUGUUGUGUGUGUGUCCCGGUGGAGUGAGGAUGAGCGCCUUUGUGUGCGCCUGCAGCGCCCUGCUGUCGGAACUGUCUGAUGAAAGCUCCUUAGUUCUGCUCCAAACUGACUGAACGGAAUAUCAUCAAAACUCAUUUAAGCAAAAAAAACCUUAACUGCUCUGUACAAGCGCCACAUAUCCGCCGUGAAACAUGAGGAAGAAGCAGAAUGUAAAACACAGGAAGACGGAGGAGACCACAGUCGUUCAGGAAUUUGUUGUGGAGAAAAUCAUCCAGCGCAGAGUCGUCAAUGGAAAAGUGGAGUACUUUCUGAAGUGGAAAGGCUUCACGGAUGCUGACAACACAUGGGAGCCGGAGGACAAUCUUGAUUGCCCUGAGCUCAUUGAGGAGUUCCUUAGGAGCCUGCCUGGCCAGGGAGACCACAAUGUGGAGGACCUGCAACUUCCAGAAGUACCACAGCUCACAGAGCCAGCUGAACUGGAUAGUCAACCGACCCUCCAGCAGCCUUUGGAAGAACCACUACAGGGUGUGCGGGAACCUGGAGAUCAGGAAACCGGGUCUCCCACGGGACUUGUCCCCCAGUAUGAGCCUGAGUGCAUCAUUGGCUCCACAGAUCGACAGGGGGAGCUUAUGUUCCUAGUCAAGUGGAAAGGCACAGAGGAGGUGGCCUUAAUGUCAGCCCGUGAAGCCAGCGCAAGGUGUCCCCAAAUUGUAAUUGCUUUCUAUGAGGAGAAACUGACCUGGAACUCAAGGGACGAUGACCAGCAGUGAGAAGAGACAAGUUCCUUCAUCACCAAAGAUGAGAGAGUUGUUAAUGCUGGGAAAUGCAAAGGCCAGAUGAUCCAAGUGAUCAAGUGAACUUGACACUUAAUGGCAAAUUAAGCUAUUUCUUUCCCAGUAUUUCCCAGUAUGUAGCAUAACCAACCACUGUGGAGGUUUGUGUUGGUGGUUUUUCUCUAGAGUAGACCUCGUCUGAUAAAACUAUGUGAAUGUAAAAUGAAACCUUUGUUGUAUUUUGUUGAGUAGGUUUUGACAGUACAAUUCUGUAGGUCAGUAAGACAUCUGAGAAAUUGUGAUUAAGUCUAGGCACUGAGUAAAUGUCUGAAUCAUGACUUACUCACUAGAUUGUCGCCUGUGCUUGACUUUGAGUCAUUACAUUUUUUGGAAAACUAGCAAUGGGUUCCAAUGUUAAAAAUGACUCUGAGAUCAGUGAUGAAAAUUGCUGAUUUUUUCAAAAUCCUUUCUAAAAGAAAAAUUAAAAAAACAAGUAUUAUGUAUAAAUUCUCUGCAUCGAAAACUGUAAUUAAAAAAGAAAAAAGGACACAAUGAACCACAACAAAUUGCAGCUAUAUUGACCUUUUCUUCAGGUUCGGUUGGAGUUCUCCACAGAUUCAUUCUCUGAUAGCUCUCUUUGUAAUAGUGUGGUUUUGGGAGUUAUAUGUGCACUGCUGAGUGGUUGUGUUAUAAACCCACCUUUAUACAUGCUAUUUAAGUCAGAGGCAUUUUUUUAUUAUUUAAUUGAUUUUAGGAGGGAGGUGUUUCUUUUGUGAUUUGUUAUAUUCUUUCUUGUGUGUGUGUUUUUGUUGACACUGUCUGUGUUGCUCAUCUUAUACCAAAUAGUAUGCUAAAUAAACACCUUAAUCAUUUCAGGACUCACGGCAGUGAUUAAAAUGCAGAGUCCAUUAUUGAAAGAUAAUUAUUAAAAAACAGUGUUAAAGUAUUAUUUUAUACAGUGGUAGCCAGAACUUGAGUAGAUCUGCUUGGUAUCAAUCUUCCCUAGGCAAAAAAACACAGAAACUGCUUAUUUGAUGAUUGGAAAUUGGUCUUAUGGAUUGGUGAGUCAGAAUUUUAUGUAAAACACGGAAACGGUGAGCAUAGGAAUUGUGCCUGUGUGGUUUCCACUCUCCGGCAUGGAGAGGCAGCAUCAUGAUGUAGAGUGGCUUUGCUGGGUAUAAAGUUAAUGAUCUUUGCCAAGUCCAUGUCAGUUUUAACGAGCAUGAAUAUCAUAGUACACUUCAGAGGUAUGCUGUUGUGUCAGGGUUAUAGCAAGUGGGGCAAUCCUACAUUCUUCACAAGGUAACAGCCCAAAACUAUCAACUUUCAUAUCAUAAAGAGACUCAACUUGUGCUUUGCUCAGCCUGAUUUGAUAGCCAAUGGAAGCUGUAUCAAACACAGAUCUUUUGGAACUGGGGAAAUUAGCUGUACACAUUUACUGUAAAAGCCU